AUGGGUGUCCACGUCUUUGGGAAGUCUAUCAAGCACAACUCAUUGGUCAGAAUAGGGUUGGCCAAGGCCAUCUUUGGAAUCGGUUACCAGACUGCUGAAAGAAUCUGUGCUAAAGUCGGCAUCUACCCCCAGAUGAGAAUGAACCAAUUAUCAGAACCCCAAAUCAUGGACUUAAACAAAGAAAUCUCCGAUUUACUUGUGGAAGGUCAUUUGAAGCAGAAGAUCAACAACGACAUCAGGAUGAAGAGAGACAUUGGCUCCUAUUCCGGUUUCAGACACGCUCAAGGUUUACCAGUACGUGGUCAAGGUACCAGAAACAAUGCUGCUACUGCUGGUAAGUUGAACAAAUUGGAGAGAUUCAGAGUAUGA